AUGCCUCAGUUGCUGCAAAACAUCCACGGGAUCAUUGAAGCCUUUGGGUGCUAUGCCAGAUCAGAGGGUGGCUGCAAAGUACUCACUCGGCAGGAGCUGAAGAGCCUCCUGGAACAUGAGUUUGCCGACGUCAUAGUGAAGCCCCAUGAUCCUGCAACUGUGGAUGAAGUACUGCGCCUGUUGGAUGAAGAUAACACAAAAACUAUAGAGUUCAAGGAAUUCCUGGUAUUGGUGUUUAAAGUUGCUCGGGCCUGCUUUAAGACACUGAAUGAGAGUCCUAAGGAUGCUUGCCUGUCUGACAAGCCUGAAAGCUGCUAUCCUGGAUCUUCAAAAGAGCUGGAGCAAGGUCAAAGAGGUGGUGCUGAAGUGGCAAAAGAUGGAGCAGCACAGCACUGUGAAGACAGCAGCUAUGGACAGAGAGAUCAGGCUUCUAGAGGACAGGACAGGGUCAGGACACAUACCCAGAAUCAGCACAGCUACCCUACACAGGUCAGCAGUCAUGACAGGCAGGCUGAAUCUCAGACACAAGAGAUGAUAAGCCAGGAAGCACAAGUGACAGGACAGGUGGAACAGAUCCCAAGAAUAGAAGACAAGAGUUGGACCAGACAGAAGAGGUCAGACAGGCAACCACAUAUUAGCCAACAGACAGAUGAGAUCACAACUGGAUCCACAACUCAGACUCAGACCCAAGCAGGCACCUUUUACACACAGGGAUCUAUCUGUGACCAGAACAGAGGGACAAAUAGCCAUAGCAUAGAUAGGAGCCAGGCAGAUCGAGCUUCUACCGAACACUACCAGACACAGGCAGGUUCUCAUACUCAGAUACACAUCCAGCUGGUAGAACAAGGCUGGGGGCAGCAGACAGGAAGUGGCAGCAUCCAGACACAGGGACCCAUCUAUGAUCAAGGCAGAGAGACUGAGAUUCGUGGCCAAAACAGGAAUCAGGCAAGCCAGACUCCUAAAGAACACCAUCAGGCACAGGCAGAGUCAUAUACUCAGAAACACACUCAGUCAACGGAUCAAGGCAGGAGUCAGCAGGCAGAAAAUAGCAGCGUCCAGACUCAUAGGUCCACCUACAGCCAAAACAGAGGGAUUGAGUUCCAUGAGCAAGAAGGCAAUCAGGCAGAACAGGUGGGAACAGGACACUACCAGACACAGGCAGGAUCAUAUACCCAGACUUUGGAGCAUGAUGGGAGCCAGUCUGCACGUCAAGUAGUGGCUCAAGUAAAGGAACAGACCCAGAUGCAGUCAUGCAUGGGGCAAAACUGGACACCGGUAAGGAACUGUGAGACAGGAGAACCAGUGCUAGAAGGACAAGUCCAGACUGAGACAGACACUGUUAAAGAAGGGCAGGGAGAGAGAGUACCCACAGUGGUUAGAGAGGAGUGGGUCAAUGACCACACAAGAGAAAUAGUGAUCCGAAGCCAAGAUCCAGGCAGCCUUCACUCUGGUGCUCCUUCGCCUCAGGGCCAGGAUACAGCACAGAUGGAGAAGAAAGGAAUCACAGCCAAGGGACUAUAUACCUACUUGAAGACAGAGUAG